AUGCUUCUUGAGUUAAUUUCAUAAAAAAAUAGUUUUUUAGAAGAUUUGCAAAAAUUUGAAGGGGAUGAUAUCACAAACAUAAUGUUUAAUGAACUAUAAAAUCAAUUGAUAGAAUUUUAGAUUGAAGAUAAUAUUAAUAUAUGGGAACAUUAUAUUAAGUCAAAAUGGGACUCUACAAUUAAAUGUUAUUUAGCAUUUAGUUUUAUGACAAUUAAAAAAAGUUAAAUAGCAAAAAAUGUAGAAUCAGCUUGCCAAAAAUUUAUUGAUCUAUUUUUAAAUAGUGAUUAAGAUGAAAAUACAAUAAGUGUCUUAAAAAAUGAACAACUUAAUGUUAUUGAGGAAGCUUUUGAACAAAACCUAAAAUAAAAUUAAUAAACUUAUUUAUAUAAAAUAUAUGGAAAUACACAAAUAGAAAAAUUAUAAGAGGAUUUUAUAAAUAUUGAUUUAAAAGUCUAAAGUAACAUAAAUAAUGAUGAUGUAAAAAAACAAUAACAAUCAAAUAAGUCCAACUAUUUAUUUAGGGAAGAUGUAGAUUAAGGUGUUAAAUAAGAAUAGAUAUAUAUAGUUAAUGAUUUUCUUUGGACUGAAAACAACAAUACUGAUGUUCUAUGGAUAAAAGGCAUAGCAGGAUCAGGUAAGAGUUACUUUUUAAAGCGAUUAUAAUUAUUUUUAUUGAAACACUAUCAUUCACAUUCAAAAUAAAAAAAAUGGAUUCCAUUUCUCAUUUCAUUAGAUGCUUUAAAAAAGUUGAAUAAUAAUAAUAUUUGGAGUUUAAUAUUAAAUGCGGAUGAUAUGGAAUUUAGAGAUGAAUUUAUGGGAAUUCUUAGUGAUGACUUAGAGAAUGGAUUAGUAAAUAUUGUUCUACUAUUUGAUGGGUUAGAUGAAAUGAAACAUUAAAUUUAAGAAGUAAACUUAGAUAUCAGUUUAUUCUAAAAAAAAUUAGGUAAAAAUGUAAAAAUAAUUAUUACAUCAAGAAGAGAAGUUUAAAUUGAAAANAAUACAUAUCUAAAGUAAAAUGAUGCAAAUAAUACUUUAAUUUAAGAUGCAAAAAAAUUUCUAUAAAGUGAUAACCCUAGAUAAUUAGAUAUAUUUUACUUUUUUUAAUAAUCAAAAUUAACAAUAAUUAGAAAACUGUUAAAUUAAUAAUAGAUUAUAGAAAUCUAAUAAAUUAUUAAUUAUUUAUGCAAAGUCUAUCAAUUAUGUAUUCAAAAUAAUUAAAACUGGAGAGUACACUUAGGGUUUCUUUAAAUGCUUCUUGAGUUAAUUUCAUAAAAAAAUAGUUUUUUAGAAGAUUUGCAAAAAUUUGAAGGGGAUGAUAUCACAAACAUAAUGUUUAAUGAACUAUAAAAUCAAUUGAUAGAAUUUUAGAUUGAAGAUAAUAUUAAUAUAUGGGAACAUUAUAUUAAGUCAAAAUGGGACUCUACAAUUAAAUGUUAUUUAGCAUUUAGUUUUAUGACAAUUAAAAAAAGUUAAAUAGCAAAAAAUGUAGAAUCAGCUUGCCAAAAAUUUAUUGAUCUAUUUUUAAAUAGUGAUUAAGAUGAAAAUACAAUAAGUGUCUUAAAAAAUGAACAACUUAAUGUUAUUGAGGAAGCUUUUGAACAAAACCUAAAAUAAAAUUAAUAAACUUAUUUAUAUAAAAUAUAUGGAAAUACACAAAUAGAAAAAUUAUAAGAGGAUUUUAUAAAUAUUGAUUUAAAAGUCUAAAGUAACAUAAAUAAUGAUGAUGUAAAAAAACAAUAACAAUCAAAUAAGUCCAACUAUUUAUUUAGGGAAGAUGUAGAUUAAGGUGUUAAAUAAGAAUAGAUAUAUAUAGUUAAUGAUUUUCUUUGGACUGAAAACAACAAUACUGAUGUUCUAUGGAUAAAAGGCAUAGCAGGAUCAGGUAAGAGUUACUUUUUAAAGCGAUUAUAAUUAUUUUUAUUGAAACACUAUCAUUCACAUUCAAAAUAAAAAAAAUGGAUUCCAUUUCUCAUUUCAUUAGAUGCUUUAAAAAAGUUGAAUAAUAAUAAUAUUUGGAGUUUAAUAUUAAAUGCGGAUGAUAUGGAAUUUAGAGAUGAAUUUAUGGGAAUUCUUAGUGAUGACUUAGAGAAUGGAUUAGUAAAUAUUGUUCUACUAUUUGAUGGGUUAGAUGAAAUGAAACAUUAAAUUUAAGAAGUAAACUUAGAUAUCAGUUUAUUCUAAAAAAAAUUAGGUAAAAAUGUAAAAAUAAUUAUUACAUCAAGAAGAGAAGUUUAAAUUGAAAAGUAAUUUAUAGGUUUAUAAUUUUAAAAUUUGACUGAAGUUGAAAUACUAAAAUUAGAUGAAUCAUAAAUUAAUGAAUAUCUUAAAUAAUACUGUAUAGAAAAUACUAGAUAAUAUUUAUAUCAAAUCUAUAACGAUUUUAUAGAUUAAGAAAAAAACUCUAAAAUUUCUAGAAUAAUGUUUAAUGAAUAUUGGCAAGCAUACUUUUUUGAAGAAGUUAAAACUCUUGUAGAAUAAACUAAUAAUGAUAAGUAUGAAAUUAUUUUCACUGAUACUCUAAUCAAUAAUUUUCUUAGCAAAUAAUAAAAAAUAUUUCAAAAUAAUAAUAAUCCAAAAGGAGAUUUAUUAAAGAUAUAGAGCUCUAGCAAACUGAUGAAAAUUAUUAAAGAAAAUCAAAUUUUCGAUUUGAUUUAAACUAUUUAAAUUCUCUAAGUUAUUCUUUAAGUCUUACCAAAUUUAAAUUAAAAUAUUACAAACAAAUUGUAUAGAAAAAAUAGGUUUAAGUGUAUUCUAUUAUAAUUAAAGAAUGAAUAAAUUAAAUAUUUUAAUGAACUUGAAUAAGCUAAAUUAUUUAGUGAAAAAGAUUAUGUUGAGAGGUUAGUAGUCAUAUUAGAAAAAAAUUAAUUUUUUGAUGAAUUUUUAGUUGAAAAAUUAGAUAAAAAUAUUAUGUAAAUUUCAGAGGUCGAUUUUAAUCUAAUUAAAAAUGCCGCAAAAUAAACUUAAUUAACUAAAUAUCAAAUAUAUAAAUUAUUUGUGUCUAAGUAUUAUGAAAUAUAUAUAAAAAAAUUAAAAGACUCAGGAUUCAAUAACAUAAAUGAAAGUUUUACUAAGGAACUAAAUAAAUUAUAAAUGUUUUUAGCUGUACAAAUGAUUAAACAUGAAUGCUUGUUAUUAGACACUUAAUAAGUCUAGAAUAUAUUUUAAUCUUAUUUAAACUAAAAUAAUUUAGAAGAUAAAAAAAAUCUCAUUUUACUAUAUUCAACCUUUAUUACUAAGAUUUAAAAUGGUAGCUUCAUAUUUCAGAAUAAAUCAAUUUAGGAGUAUUUUGUAGGAAAAUAUAUUUUAAAAUUGUUAAAAGAUUUUUCAAGAAAUUUUACAGGAAAAUCAAUUGAGUAAGGUUUGGAACAGAGUUAAUUUAAUUAAAACGAAUUUAAUUUAUCUCUUUUGUAGUUCUCUUAGGUAAUUAAUGAUAUAAAACCUGAAUUAUUAAAUUAUGAAGAUAUCAAAAAAAUCUUGUUAAAAAUAAUAAUCCUAUCAAGAAACGAAGUAUUUAUUAGAGCAGCUUCUAAUAGUAUAUUAUUAUUAAAUUUCUUGGGAAUAGAACUAAUAGGGGAAGAUUUAAGUAGAAUUAAAUUAAGUAAGACUAAUAUCUCUGGUCUAAAUGUAUAUGGAAGUAAUUUGGAUGAAUCUGAGUUUAAUGAAGUAAAAAUUGAUUAUUGCAAUUUUAAUAAUACCAGUUUAUAAAGAGUAAAAUGGACUUAAACACCUUGGAAUGGAGUUAUAGUUUUCAGAGACUAACAUUAAGAAAAAGUGAGUAGUAUAUUAUUCUCACCAAAUGGUUAAUUCUUACUUUCUUAUGGCUCAUCUUAAGUAAAUAUAUGGGAAUUAAUCACUCAAAAAAUAUUUAAGAAAAUAAAAUAUAAUCAAAAUUUAUGCUAUUGGCGGUUUUCAUCUGAUUCAACUAAAUUUUACCUAGGCACUGAGACAUUUUUAUAGAUUUACUGUAUUUAUGGGAACGAUAUAACAUUAUUAAUAACUAUUCCAUUAUAAUUAGGUCAACUGUAAUUGAGAAAUUUUCCAUUUACUUUUUACAAUAAGGAAGAGAAAUUAGUAUAUCGUAGAAAUUCGAAUUUUUAUAGUUAUAAUCUCAAAUCCAAACAAUAAUGGAACAAAUCAAAAAUUGCUGAUAAUUCAAUUAAAUUAACUUCUAUAAAGCUAAUAUCCAAUGAUAAAAUACUGAUAGGAACAAAAGACAGAGAAAUAAAGAUUUGGGAUGGGAUCAUCAAAAACAUCUCAAAAACAAUCACAAAAAAGGAUCACUAAAGUGAAAUAGUAUCACUUUCUGAAGAAACUUUUGACUUAAAAAUAAACUAAUAAGAAAUAUUUGACAAGAAAAGAUAAAUUUCAUUACUCAUAUCAGCUAGUGAAGACUAAGUAAUUGUAUGGCUUAAUGAUCAUGGUUAUGGAUACAAAUAAGUCAAAGCAUUACAUUCACAAACGAUUAAUGGCUAAUUACCAAGAUAUUCAAUUUUUAAUAAAAAACAUUUAGUUUAUAUCAUAAAUGAAUAUAUAGUAUUAUAUGAUCUAAAUUAAAUCAAUAAAUUAGAAGAAGACAUAACAUUUUGUGAUUCAAAUUGCAUAGCCUUUAUUAAUUAUGAAUGGGAAUAAUUUAGAUUAUUAUUUAUUGCUAAGGAAAAUUGUAUUGAGGUUUAUGAAUAUCUUAACAUCUGUAUAGGUGAAAUUCCACUAAAUUAAUGUCAACCAUUGUCUAUGGAUAUUAUCACUCAUAACCUUAUGAUUACUUAUAACAAAGAUAAUACAAUUAGGUUUUGGUCUAUAUGUUCAUAUUAUUAGAAUGAAGAAUAAAAAUUUGUUAGCAAUAAUAUGGAUCCCUUUAGAAAAUAGAAUCCAUUUAGUAGAAGCCGUGUUCUUCAAAGAUCUAUCAAAGGAUUUGUGUAAAAUUUGAAAUAAUCAUAUAAAUAUAAUGAGAAUGAAGGAACAUGCGAAGUUGCUGUUUAGGAGAAUGAGAAAUAGAUUAAUAUUUAUAAGGUCUAAAUAUUUGAGAAUCAAAUAAAAUAUCAUCUGAUUAAAUUGUAUGAAUUUUAAGAGGAUUAAAAAAUUGGUUGUUAUGCUUUAUGUAAUUAUGGGAAAAAAAUCUGUUACUGUGUUGAUAAUAUUAUUACAAUUAAAGAUUUAUAAAAUGAUGAUCAAACCUUACUUGAAUAGAUACAAGAAAAAGACAUUUAUUUAAUUAUGUUUAGUGAAACAUAUUAAUAUCUUGCUUCUUGUAGUAAAGAUUAUUCUAUUGUUAUCUAUAGUCUUGAUGAUUAAAAAAAAAAAAAAAAUUAUAUGAUAAACAAUUAAAAAUGUCUUGACUUGUUAUUUGUGAAGGAUGAUGUACUCGUUAUUUAGACUUAAACUUCAAUUAUUUGGUAUAAAAUUAUUUGGAAUAUAGACUCAAAAGAUUUAAUAGUUUAAGUUUUUAAAUAUUAUGAUUUUGAAUAAAGUGGUCAUAAUGAUAUUUUUUAAUAAUAAAUGAGCAUGGUCUAUCCCUUACCUCAACAAAACUAUAAUUAUAUUAAAUAAUACUUGGCAGUCAAAUAAGGAGAAAAUAUUAUUCUUAAACCUUUAAUUAAUGAUGAUUAAACUAAAGUUGUAAUUUUCAAUGAAAAAAAUAAGAAAAUAGAAUUUGUUAACGAAGAAUAUAUCAUAUUUUCUGAAGAGUCUUCUAAUAGUUUAGAAAUUAAAAAUGUAAGUAAAAUGUAAGAAAUCCGAAAGUUAGAAUAUUGUGCAUUUGCAAUAAGAGAACGAGAGUAUUUGAUAAUUGCAGUUGAAACAAUAAAUGAUAUAUAGGUUAUUCAAAUACUACCAGAAUAAAAAUUUACAACUGAAACUAUUAAAAAGUAAAUUUAAGGAAAGUUACACCAUUUUACUUUAUCAAAUAGUGGUUAUUUCCUAGCAUCAACUUAUAAUUAAGAAAUUACUAUUUAUUAUAUUACUAAAGGACUAUAAAUAAUAUAAAUAUCAAAAUUAUCUAUUGAAAUCGAAAUCAAAGAUAUUUAAAUUUCAGAUACUUAAUAAAUUAUUAUUCAAAGUUAAGAUGGCCUUUAUUAAUAUAAAUUGAAUUUAGAAGAAGAAUCAAUAUAUUCUAUUGAUAACUAUUUUGGAAAUAAUUAAUUAGUUCAAAAUAAUUAAUCUGUUAAAAUCGAAUUCUAAGUUAAUUAACUUCUUGAAUAUUACAAUUAUAAAGACACUAUAUUAAAUCACAAUGAUAAAUUGAUAGCAUUAAAAAUUGAUGAUCUAAUCUAUUUUACAUCACUUUAAAGGCCUUAACUUUAACUAUAACUUGAAGCUAAAUUCUUUUGCACCUCAAUUGAUUCGAAGUAUUUUGCCAUAAGUAAUAAUAAUUAAAUAAAAUAUUACGAUUGGUAAGAUAAUAUCAAAAAUAUAUAUAAUUUUGAUUAUAAAUAAGAUCUAUUUGACCUUAGAUUUUUAUAAAAUCCUAAUUAAAUAUUAGCUAUUUCUUCUAAUGAUAUUCAAAUAAUAUAGUGCUAAGAAAAUUAAAUUAAGAAAAUUAAAGGUAGAUAAUAUGCUAGUACACGAGCAUCAUCAAAUUUAGAUAUAGCUAAAAUUGAAAAAUCAAUUAUUUAAAUUUCUAAACCAGAAAUAAAUAUUGAAUUGUAUAAUCCAGAAGAUUAUGAUUUUAAUGCUUAUAAUCCAUAAUUUACAAGUGAUGGACAAUAUAUAAUAUAUGAAUAAAAUAAAAAGGUAAUAUUUUAGAGUUUAUUCAAUCGUCACUCCAAAUAUAUUCCUGAAAAAUUAGAAGGAUAAUACAACGUAUCAGUUUUACCAGAAAGCAAUUAUUUAAUAAGUUUUAAUAAAUAAGAAUCUCCUCUUUUAUAAUAUUAAAAUUGUGGGUUAAGAAAACUUGAAUAUUAUCUAAAUUGUUGGGAUGUUUCAGAUUUAAGUGAUGUAAAAAAUAUUUUUAAAAUACCUAUCCUUAAACAUUAAAAAAAAAAAAUGUUGAAUAAACAAUGGUUUAUUUCAGAAAUUUAGAAUAAUAUAUUAUGUUUAUAUGACAUAAAGGAAUUUUAACAGGGUAUCUAUGAUACAACACUUCAUAAUAAUAACCAAAAAAUUCAUUAAUCUGGCAUUUGCCCUAAUGAAACUAAAUAUUAUACUGUAUCAAAAGAGGAUUAUUCGAUUUCGAUAUGGAUGAUAAAAAGUAACGAUCACUUAAGAUAGUUUAAAGGUCAUUAAUAUUAGAUCUUUUUUAUUGGUUUUUCUGAAGAUGAAAAAUAUAUGAUAUCUAGAGAUACUGAUCAAAUUAUAGUAUGGAAUUUGGAAAAUGAAGAUAAAUUAAUUAUUAAAGAUCCAAAUAUAGAAAAAUAAAGAAUCUUAUUGUAGUGUUCUUAUUCUUCAACUUUUGGUUGGCACUUAUACAAUAAAUGCGAUUUUGUAAAAUUAAAUAACUCUAUUGGAAUUACAAUUUAGUCUGUAGGUGAACUUUUUAUUUAUGAUUUGAAAGAUUUCAAAAGUUAUGAGUUAUUUUAUAAAUUAAUUGUACAUCAAUAAGAAUACAAAAGUUUAAGUUAUAAUGUUUAUUCAAAUGGUUCUAAAAUUGCCUUAUUCUUAAAAUAAUAGGAUGACAAAUUGGAUAAAAUUAAUAUAUUAAAUGUAAAAUCAAAAGAAAUUAUUGAAACUAUUGAUAUAUAGAAAGAUGAAAAGUUUUAUUGCUAUCCUAAUAUUGAUAAAUAUAUUAAGAUAAAAUUUGAUAAAAAAUAUGAUUUUGUUGAUUUAGAUUAAAAAAAUGGCUAUAUUCAUGUAUGCUAUAAAGAUUCGAAUCUUUUAUAAUUAUAUAAAGUCGAAGAUUUUAUAAAUAAACAUGGAUAGCCUAUUAAGGAAGUUUUUAUUCAUCUUAAAAUUGAUUUGAAUGACUAUAAUAGUAGUUUUAUCCGAAUAAAUAAUGUUGGACUAAAAUAUAUAACCUAUUAUUAUAACUCUUAAUUAAGAGUUAUUGAUUUAGAACGUUAUGAAAAAUAAGUAAAAAUCAUUAAAUUGGAUAAAUCUUAAGAAUUCCUUAACAAUUAUAAAUAAGAUUAUAUUCUUUUAAAAAAUAGGGAAAAAAAAGAAGAAAAAAAAGAAGAAUAAACUUUGAAUAUCUAUAACUUAAGAAAUGGUUAGAAUAAUAAGGUUAUAAAUAGAAAUAUAGAUAAAAUGAUUGUGGCUUUUAAAAAUAAUGGUGAAUAACUUGCUUUAGGUUGGAAUAAUGGUGGCAUAUCUAUUUAUUAUGUAUCUACUUAGGUACAAUAUGAUUUUUCGAUUAAAAAUAAACAAGCAAUUAAACAUAUUCUUUGCACUAAGGAUGAUAAAAUACUUAUUUCAUGUUCUUAAGACAAUGUUAUUUCAUUUUGGGAGUAUCAAUAUAAAAAAGAAAAAUUAAUAUAAUCGAUUUAAAUAGAUUACAAUAUUGAAUCAAUAGUUGUCUCUCCUAAUAAUUUAGAUAUAGCAUUAGAAUUAUCAGGAGGUCUCAUAUAAAUCAUAUCAAUUGAUAAAUAAAAAUGUUGGAAUUAAAAUUACAAAGUAUUAGAAUAUUUAUUAUAUUAUAGUAUAUUGGUUGUUAUAAAUCAUAUCCAUAAUUAUUAUAAUUAUAGACAUAGAAUUGCUUAGUAAAAAAUUCAAUCAUUCAAGAUUAAAACGGAAAUUCAUUGGUUCAUCAUUUUGGCGAAAAAAUGAAACAAGAAUUUGAAGCUUAAAAAAUUCAAGAAGAAUAACAAAAUUGA